UAUUUAUUAAUUGUAAACAAUGCCCAAUUGGCAUCUACGAGUUGGAGACUGUCUGUUACUAGCUGGCCUGAUUUGCGUAGACACUUUCAACCGUCCUUGUUGGCUGCUGUUUGUUAAGAGUGAAAUUACUUGGUUGAUUAACCAGUUGAGUUUCUCUAGAAAUUAUUGGCGUCGCUGGGAAUUGGAGUAGAUCCAAGAUUCGACCUUGAGUUGGCGUAAUGGUACAAGUUUAUUUUCUAUAGGGUGGUAGGUGGUGGCCCUAACAACAGCGUUUUAGUAGCCACAGAACAGUGAUGUGUCGUGAGUUCUUGGGCAACCUAUUCGUUCGAAGGACAGGUGGUCUCAUACUUGCAAAUCAAUGAGAACGAACGAAAACUUGUCUCAUUUGAUUAUCAGUUUUCUAACCUGAAUACUACUGACGAAAAAGCAAUUUGGUACGAUGUUAGGCAGCGAAAAACGGUCAAAUCCGUCAGUUUUUCAACUGCUUCCAUCCUCUACCAACACUCAACAUGAAGUUCUUGAUUGCCUUCGCAUUUGUUGCGCUGGUCGCUGUUGCCAACGCUGACGAUGAUUAUGACAAGCCGUACUCGACAUCGUAUUAUUCUGUCCCAUCUUAUUCUGUCCCAUCUUAUUCGGCCCCAGCUUACAAGGCCCCAUCUUACUCGGCCCCAACUUACACGAAAAAGGUCGUGGUUUAUCCGCCUCCACACUACGAGACCGUUCAAUACGCUGGCUACACCCGUGCUGGCAAAAAAGGCAAGAAAACUGUUCCAGUCUACAAGACAGUAGACAAGUACUAGGUACCGGAUUGACGCACCUAUGUUGCAUUUUAAGCUGAAUAUGUAGUCCAACCAUCAGCACAGUGCAUCUGUCUGCCUUAACUAAAACUAUUUAUUUCAAAAAAUUUUAUUUUUCAAAUUAUUUGAAAACUUAACACCGUGAAUCAGGGUCGUUAUGCAUGCUGUUGUGUGCUGAUGAUGCUGGAUUUUCAAAUAUUAGUAUACAUUCGUUGUGAUUGACCAGUAGAACAAUGGAAAAUAAAACGAAAUGCUUUCCUAUGACA